AUGUAUACCGGUAUCCCAUGCACCAUUGGGGCAGAGCACCUUGUCUCCACCACCAAGCCCGACCAUAGUCGUCGUUGCAUUCGCAUAAAUCAUCGCACGUCUGAGCCGCCCACCCUCGCCGGCCCCCUCUGCCCGCCUGAGAUGAUGCCUGGGCCAAACCAUCCGUUCGCAUCGCCCAACGCUAUACCGCCCCGCACCAGCUCCACCGGCAUCCUCAACGCGAACACGAUCCAGCACCGCACCAGUGUCCUCCGCCCACUGAGCGAGAUUGACUGGCUGGGUCAGAGCAAGAAAAGCAAGACGAGCCACUCGGCAGACCCGUUGAAUGCGCCCUUGCACGAGCCACCAGAGCCAUCGACACACAGUCGCUCGCAGACAAUGUCAUCUGGCCUGGAGAUGGACAACCAAGUACUCAUGGACAAGUCCAGCGAGAAGACGUCCUCGCAAGGCAACAGUCUGCUGGAACCAAGCACGUCAUACCCAACACCCCUCUCCCCGCCCGCAGAUCACAUCAAAGACGUAGGCGAGGACCUAAUCUAUGGCAACGGCGUUGCAUGGACGCAGGAGAAGGAGCGCAUCCUGCUUGGCCCGUACGACUAUCUCUACGGACACCCAGGCAAGGACAUACGCAGCCAAUGCAUCGCAGCCUUCAACCUAUGGCUGCAUGUCCCUGCAGAGCGGUUGGAAAUCAUCACACGCGUCGUGGGCAUGCUACAUACCGCCAGCUUGCUCGUCGACGAUGUCGAAGACUCAUCACUAUUGCGCCGCGGAAUACCAGUCGCGCACUCCAUCUUUGGAAUCCCGCAGACCAUCAACUCGGCAAACUACGUCUACUUCAAGGCAUUGCAACAUUUGCUGCUCAUGCAGAAUCCCAAGCUGGUUGACAUCUUCACCGAGGAGCUCUUGAAUCUUCACCGUGGGCAGGGCAUGGAUCUAUACUGGCGGGAUAGCUUGACCUGUCCCAGCGAAGCCGACUAUCUCGAGAUGGUGGGGAACAAGACCGGGGGACUCUUCAGGUUGGCAAUCAAGCUGAUGCAGGCUGAGAGUGCAGUGGAUGUCGACUGCACACCCCUUGUAUCUACCAUAGGCCUCCUUUUCCAGAUCCUCGAUGACCACCUCAAUCUCUCACCAACAUCCGGCUACACCAACCUCAAAGGCCUCUGUGAAGACCUCACCGAAGGGAAAUUCUCCUUCCCUGUCAUCCACGCCAUCCGCGCCGACCCUUCCAACCAAGUCCUAACCAGCAUACUGAAGCAAAAGACGACUGAUGAAGAAGUCAAGCGUUACGCGCUGAAAUACAUGGAAAGUAAGGGCAGUUUCGAUUACAGCAAACGCGUGCUCGAGGAACUGCGAGCCAAGGUAGAAGAGCACGUGAGAGUUGUGGAAGAAAGGCUGGGAGAACCGGGCAGAGAGGGAGCCGAGGCGCUGAGAGUCCUGCUGGGGAGACUUGUGCUGCGCUAUGGCAGGCCGCAGCUCCGACUGGGAGCUUGCAGCUUCACACCCCAGAGCAUAAAGGCCGAAACGGGGUCCUAG